AUUAAAUGAUUUGCGUGGUUGUGAUUUUUACUUCCACGAUUCUAAUCGCAAUUAUCAUUUCAUUCUUAUUAUAAUGCGUUCUAUCUUAAGAGCUUCUAUUUUUAUACCGGCAGAGCGACUGAUCUUUCUGCCAUCUGUGAACUAACAAGAAACUUCUUUAUGUGAGUUGUACAGCACGAGCACGACCUCGACUCCGGAUUUGUGUGUUCUAGAAGAAAUGGAAGAUUGUAUCUAUAAUGUGCAGUGUAAAAGGUAUUUCGCGUAUCCUGGUCCAAUUAAACAAUAAUUCCCUUACGAGAAUCCCAUGGUAGCGUUCGUGAUGCGACGUGCAUUAUUUUCACUAUGCAUUAGUUUUUUGCAAGCCAAUGUCACAAGCGAAUUUUUGUUCAAGAUUUUAUUACGUUUUGUUGUUUCGUUGUAGUUCAAAGUCUUCUGUAGACUAGUAAUGUUUCUUUACGACAAUUGUUUAAAACAUUCUUUGAAAGUUGUAUGAAUUGUACAACUUUCUUAAAACUUCAUAUGUUUUAGUUUUUACAUAUAAUUCGUAAUGUUCUGAAAAGUUAUAAAUUUAUACUUUAUGGUGAAUUUACAAGUCUUUUGUUCAUUGAUACUUCCAAACACUUAUUAAGUAAGAAUUAAGAAUACCAUUUCCAUUCGACAAUUAUACAACAUGCCAUCGGUUUGUGGGGAUACAGUUGACAUGACUGUGACUGCACAAUCAAAUAUCGCAGAAGGUAUUUCUAGUACUGACAGCAUUGGUACAUAUAGUGAUAUUUCUGGGCACACCACCAUUUCAGGAAGACCCAGAAUGGAUGUAGCUUGUGUUUUAGACUUACAACAACCAGAACAUUUGGCUCAGAGAAGAAGAGCCUUAGAGGAAGUUAGACAAGCCUGCAAUCUAGUUAAUGCCAAUAUGCAUCAUAUUCAGUUUGAAAAAUUGGAUUUUGGCGAAACAAAUGUACUUGAUACAUUCUAUAAUGCAGAUGUAGCUGUUGUAGAUUUAAGUAUUCAAUUGCAACAGUCUGCCUUGUUUUAUCACCUUGGUGUCAGAGAAAGUUUCGGCAUGAAAGAAAAUAUUCUAUUACAUAAUGACAUAGAUACAGAAACAACAAUCAGAAUUAAGUUAUCAUGUGGUAACUAUACAUUUGUAUCCUACCGUGUGGUGGAAUGCGGUUCAUGUGUGGCAACUAAUCCAGCUACUACCAGGAUCACUGGCGAAGAAGUCAUAGACCCGAAGCAACAUCUUACAUUGAAGCUCAAAAAGUUAUUUCAAGAUGUUGAAGUACAAUCUAAAGCACAUAUGAAAGAAAAGUUCCUCGCGGAUUUGCGGAAAGCUCGUGAAACAUAUUCUGGAGAAGAACUAUCGAAAGCUUUGAACAAUAUGCGUAAACGCUUAGAUGACCCAAACGUUUUGUCUGGAGAGGUUGUUUUAAACGUUCUGAUUUCCUUCCGUGAAAUACAGGAUUACGAUGCAAUGGUACAAUUAGUUGAUGAUUUAAGAACGAUACCGACUCAUAAGAAUUACAUCAACACGCCAGCUAUUCGGUAUCUAUACGCAUUUGCGUUAAAUCGACGAAAUAAAGAAGGUGAUAGGGAGAGAGCAUUAAAAGUUAUAGAAAAAGCACUAGAGAAGAAAGAAAACCAUGUUCCUGAUAUGUUAUGUUUGUGUGGAAGAAUAUAUAAAGAUAAAUUCGUAGAAAGUAGACACACUGACGAAGAAAGUUUAAAAAAUGCUAUUCAUUGGUAUAGGAAAGGUUUCGAGGUGCAACCAAAUGAAUAUGCCGGUAUCAAUCUUGCUACGUUACUCGUUAUAGCAGGGAACGAAUUUUCCAGAAGUGAAGAAUUACAACACAUAGGCAUGGUAUUGAACAAUCUCAUUGGCAAGAAAGGUAGCUUAUCCAGCCUAAAGGAUUAUUGGGAUGUGGCAACGUUUUUUGAAAUCAGUGUACUUGCCGAAGACUAUUCGAAAGCUAUUCAAGCCGCCGAGUGCAUGUUUAAACUGAAGCCGCCAAACUGGUACCUGAAAUCAACAAUAGGGAACAUAUCGCUGAUAGAUAGGUUUCGUAAAAAGAAUGAGGAAGCCGAGGUUUCGCCAGAGGAGCAAAUAUUUAGUUUUUGGAUGGACUACUUUGUUGAAGCUACAAAAUCGGAAGUUGGAGAUAGUAUACGGUUUCCACUCUUAGUGUUGGAGCCAACGAAGAUCUUGAUGCCGAGCUAUGUAAACGUUAACCUUGGGGCAGAAGAGAAAUCGGUGCAAAUUUGGAAUCAUUGCUUGGACAAUAUGAAGAAUAGUUGUAAACAAGUUCACGAUUGGUUAUUUACCGCGAACAUGAUACGCAGUGUAAGCUUGUAUAAAAGAGACGAACGCUGUCUUUUUUUAUACGUCCACCAAAACUCCGAUGAUUUCCAAAUGUAUUUCCCGUCUGUUCAAUGCAGACAAAGAUUUUAUGAUUUAAUCUUGGAGAUGACCAGGGAUCAGGAGGGUAUGGUUACAGAUUUGGAUGCAUAUAUGACUGAUGAUAGGAUGAAGUUUGAAUAUGAAUUGGACGACCAAAACAAACGAAUAAUGCUGGGUAAAGGUACAUACGGGAUUGUCUAUGCUGCUCGAGAUUUAAACACGCAAGUUAGAAUUGCCGUCAAAGAAAUUCGAGAACGGAAUUUGGGAGAUGUGCAACCCUUACACGAGGAAAUUAAAUUACAUAGCCAAUUGAGGCAUAGAAAUAUUGUGCAAUACUUAGGUUCUGUAAGUGAAGAAGGAUACUUUAAAAUUUUCAUGGAGCAAGUCCCUGGAGGUAGUUUAUCAGCUUUACUAAGGUCAAAAUGGGGUCCUCUGAAAGAAAAUGAAUCUACAAUUGCUUAUUACACUAAACAAAUCCUAGAAGGUCUCAAAUAUCUACAUGAUCAAAAAAUCGUCCACAGAGAUAUUAAGGGCGAUAAUGUUUUAGUCAAUACGUAUAGUGGCGUAGUAAAGAUUUCAGACUUCGGUAUGUCGAAACGAUUAGCUGGUUUAUGUCCAAGUACAGAAACGUUUACCGGGACUUUGCAAUAUAUGGCACCGGAAGUUAUUGAUAAGGGACAGCGUGGAUAUGGUGCUCCUGCAGAUAUUUGGUCCUUGGGUUGCACAAUAGUUGAAAUGGCGACUGGUAAACCACCGUUCAUUGAAUUAGGUUCCCCUCAAGCUGCAGUGUUUAAGGUUGGGUAUUACAAAAUGCACCCUGAAAUUCCAUCAGAAUUAUCUGAAAGGGCAAAGAAUUUUAUAUUACGCUGUUUUGAACCCAAUCCUGACAUAAGAGCAACUGCAGCUGAAUUAUUAGAAGAUCCAUUUCUAAAUGAAAAAAAGAAAACCAAUCGAUUGGCCGCAGUACCUGAUUUUAGUAGAAGCAUUUCAGUACCUGCCGACAGAUUAGAACGCUUAGGGAAAUCUGAUAAAACCAAUAAUAAUCAUAUUGUUUCCGCUUCUCCUAUUCAAACUUCACAGUCAGACGAUAGUGUCACGUACAGUGGAGGGCUAACAAAGUCAAGCCCACUGAGGGAGCGCAGUCCAGCACACCUUCUGUCCCCCAUUAGAAUGCCCAGUGCAACCCUUUCUUUUAACAGUACAAUAGGAAAUACACCUUCUAUAGAGACAAGUGAAAGUGACACAGCAGGAGCCUCUAUGACUAGGAGAAGUUCUUCUGGUGGUUUAUUAUCGCCAGAAGUUGAAUUAGGAGGUCAACCCGGUCAGAAGACUGGCGAAGAACAAGAGGGUUUUUAUCUGCUGAAAAAAGAUAGUCAAAGAAGAAUGACAUUAACCAGAGUUCUUAAUCAAGACGAGGCAAAAAUUUGCGAAGUAUGGAUGAGAGGUAUAUGUCAGGCGGAGGGUCAAACUGUUCUUCAAAUGAACCAUCUAAUAUUAUUAAUGCGGGCUUUGAGAGAUUAUAUCGUGGAACAAAAUCAAGGAGUGAUCGUGACAGCCAUUAGAACAUUGAAAGAAGAAUUAGAUUUUGACUCUAUCGCCAUUAAUCAUCUCAACUUAGCAAUUUAUUUAUUUCAAACGGCGGUGAACGAGGUUCUACGAAUGCAUAGCAUAAAGCCUCAUUGGAUGUUUGCACUGGAUAAUUUAGUGAGAAAUGCUGUACAAGCUGCCAUCACUGUACUUUCCCCUGAACUCGGCGCCAAUUUACUUGGUCAAGAACGCGUACAAACCGGUGAUCAAGGUCCAGAAGAAGGAUCUACAUCCGGUGUAUCGACCGUAAAUUCUGUAAAAUCGCAGAAAACCGGUGACUCUUUGGAUAACAAGUACUGGAAAGAAUAUCGAGAUCAAAUGGGGGCUUUAAAAAUGGAGAAUUUGAGAUUGCUGCAAGAACUGAUCGAAAGUCAGAAAUCGUAUCAAGCUUUAUUGCAACAGGUUCUUGAGGAACAAAGAACUCAGGUUAAUGCAUUAACACGACUUUGCGAAGGUAUAAAUAGACGAACUAUGAGACAAGAAUCAGGAUAUAAUUCAUCAAUAUCUGGAAACAUAGUGCAACAGCCAAUUUCAUUGGUUAUUAGCGAUACACCUUCUAGUACAACUUCGUGCAGUAACCAAGCUCUUAUCGGGUGGUUACAAAGUCUUCAGGUGGAUGAAAUGUCGAUCGAAAGGUUCCUAUACGAGCAGUACACACUGGAUGAUGUUUUAAAUCACGUUACACGUGAGGACAUUCGCAGACUUAAUCUCAGAGGAGGAAUUGAAUUGAGGAUAUGGCAAGCUAUAUUAAAAUAUCGACAAAGCAAUAACGAAAUGGAAAAGAACGAGUAGUUAAAUCGUGUACCACAUUGAAAUUGGUUUGUUUGCGAAUGGUUAACUUCAUGCAGGGUAAAGGACUGGUUAAACUGCUAGUACAUAUAGCAGCGACCAAGGAGAGCGGAAUAACUAAAUUUUAAUGUCGAAUGAAAUACCUGUGUCGUUUGUUACAAUAUUAUCCGUAAAAUGAAUUUACACGGAAGGUUUUAAAUGCACAAUGAUAUUAUUAGUUCUGUAGUUCCUAAUUGUAGAGUAUUUACUAGUUAUAUAUAAGAGAUAGGUGUGUAUAUAUAACAAAUUUUGCAUAUAUUGACUCGUUUCAAGAUGAAUUCGUUACACGCGGAACUUUACAAUCUCUUGGAAGUACAUUUAACAACUAUAUUGUACAGAAAUCAGUAUUGCUAUGUCGAGUAACUAUAUGUAUUAUGAUAAUAUGCAAAAUUUGUAUAUUUGGAAAUCAUCAAUUUCACUCGACUUGUUAAUCUAUAAUAUUAAUCUUGCCAAGUUUACGAAAAUGAUAUUCCGAUUGUUACUUAAAUUAAAAGUUUAAAGAUUCGAGAAUUCAAAGUAAUAUUUAUGUUCUCAGAAAUUUGACAUUACUGCCACAGUAAAACUGAUAUUACUGAAAAGAAAUAUGUACAUGUAGGGAGUUGUUUUGUGCUUUCGUGUUCUGCGAAAUGUUGACUGGUUUCUUCUUUGUUCUGUACAAUUAAGCAUCGAAAGAAGAGUCUUAGACGAUAACGAACAGAGAAACAAACGAUCGUAGUGCCUUACAAACCAGUGUAGUAGUACAAGAGAAAAUAUUUAUUAUUCGCAAAUGAGAAAACGUUUUUGUUGUUGGUAAUUCUAUAUUUCAUGAGCAAUGAUUAAGCGUCUUCCUAGAUACACACGAAAACAUUUAUUUUAUGCGAAGAGUUCUUGCGUAGUUUCAUAAAGUGCUUCUUAUAGUUUAUAUAACGGAUAUUCGCUAUUAAUCAAGCGCCUUGAAUUUAAUAGACUUUUGUAGAUACAAAUUUUUAUAUAAUCGCAAAUUUCACGCUUUGUAUGUGACUUUUUUCUUUGAAAAUUUAUGCUUCCUUUAUACACAUUGUAUAGAACACGAAUGAAUCGCGUUUUCUGAUACUUCCAUUUUGACUUCCAUCGCAAUAAUGCAGCAUAAUCAUGCCAGUCAAUUGAAAUAAGUGCCUAAUCGCAUCAGGGAUACACGUGAUGUUUCGUUUCAUAUUUAUCGUUACAAUUAAGGUCAAAAUAAUUGGGGGAUUAUAGCUAUUGCGAAUUAGUGGAUACACAUAUAUUGAAAGAAUAUAAAAUUUUGCUCCACGUAUUACACGUUGCAUAUUCUUUUAUUUAUAGUAAUUAUUACUAUUUUAAAUAGAAUAGAAUUUUAACUUUUUAUAGUUGAUACCUGAAAUUUAAUCCUCUAAUUAUUUUGAGGAAUAUUCUACAAAUUGUUGAGCAACUAUUACAUAGCAUAAUUAAUAGGAGAACAUUAUUCAGCGAAUAUUGUCACCGAAAUGUUCGAACGAUCGUAAAUAAUAAAAGAUAUCGUCUCGAACGAGAUACAUCGGCUUAAUUGUUAAGACGGUUUCACAUUACUGUUUUCAUUCGCUGUAUUUGAUAAGACUAAUUAUUCUUGUUAUUCUAGCAAGCUGAAAUUUGUAAUAAAGAUUCCGGCAAGAAGAAA